GGGGACAUUAAGAUAAUAUCCAACAGACGGAACAGGAAUAUAACGCAAACUUGAAUUUUCUUUUAUUGCGCGAAAUGAAAAUAACUAACUGCGAAAAUAAACGGUGCUAAUUGUGUUUUUUUUUGACGUGAUGUGUUCGUAAGCCACUGUUGCUCUCACGGAUUUAAAUGACUUGAAUAUUUCGUUUCUUUAUAAGAUAAACUUUUCAAAGCGAAUCAGGAGCAGAAGGAAACGAAAGGACUUUUUCCCUUUUACCUUGUGGUGGUUGUCAAGGAUUUCAGCCUAUUGAAGACUUGAGGUGGUUCACGAACUAUACCCACUGAGACGGGCGCUGGCGUCGCUUCCCUAGAAUAAGGAGCGAAGAAAAACAACAACAGCAAACGAGAACAACAUCUAAAAGUAAACAACAUCAACAGCAACAAAAAAACAACAGGAGACAUUCUCAGCGAGAAUCCUGAGAUACACGGCGAGGAAGAUUUCAACGCCACCUGGAAUAGUGAUCCCGUGAAAGUUUUGACGAUCGAAGCAAAGAUGAGGGAGAAACAAAGAGGACUUCCGCCAUCUUGAAUCUCUUUUCACUGCUUCUUCUGUUUACUUUCUAUUAACCGCUGGGGGUUUUUAUCAAAGGGCAAUUUUAAAGCUAGAGGAAAUCUCUUGACAUCGUCUCUAUUUCAUCCUCACCUUUUUUCUCUGCGUUACGUUUAAUUUCUCUCUGUGUUUGAUGUGCGUCGUUUAUCUUUCAUCUCCCAUUCUGUUUCUGCAUCGGCUCUGUAUUCCAGGUCUGUAUUAACUUCGUUUUUAUUGCUAAUUUAGAUUCGGUCUUCAUCUGAAAAUUAGAAAUGGAAAGAUAAUAUAUCUUCACGCGCUCUUCUUACCGCCUCUGAGACUUUUUAAUACUAUUAUUCUAGAUUGAUUACUAGUUACUCAAUAUUACUAGUAAAUUACCCACAUAAAACCUUGUAAAUUACAGUGACUUACCCAGAAACCAUUAAUGCUUUCGAAAAAGAAAUCGGUAAUUAAGGUAUUUACGAAUAUAAAUUGAGACUAUCAGUGAAUUUCGUUGAUUGUAUAGUAGCUGUUUAACCUCCAAGCGUCAUUUUUUCUCGUUGACAUUAUCUGGUCCCCGAAGAUAUCCUUCCGUUUGACCUCGGCUUUCCUUCCUUGACCUCGCUGUUUGACCCCGAAAAGUAAUUCGCGGCGCCGGUGUAGUUUUACCGAGAGUAAAACACCGCGGACUGUUUUUCGUGUCUCAAGGUAACCCAUUCCCCCCGCCCCCCUUUUUUUCUCUCGGUAAGAGGGAAAUAAUUACCUUUUUCAUUUGCAAAGAGGGUCAUAAUUACUUUCUUUCCUUCGCAAAGGAAUCAAAAAUUACAUUUUUCCUUUGCAAACAAAUAAAUAAAUACUUUCUUCACUUCGCCAAGAAAACAAACAACUCCUUUUUUCCUUCGAGAAGAAGGAAGACGAGGCGUAUUGACCAGUUCCUCCUUCCUGCUCUGUACUUAUAUUUCUUCCUGCUCUCUGCUGCUCCUUUUUCCUCCUCGCCGCCUCUCCUCUCGAGCGAACCAGAUGGAGGACCUCGGCGAGUUCACCACAGAGUACUUCGCGGGCGUCUCCAUCAGAGACGAGGUCUUCAGCAGGGCGGUUACCACGUCAAGAUCUCAAGCAGGGCCCGAAGCAGAAGUCGCCGAUGACAACGGCGUCAUGGUAGGCGUGACGCCCACGAACAGUAGCAGCGUGGGCAUUAGCUACCUCCGGACGGCGCCGUGGGUGGUGCCCUUGCUGGCUGUCGCAGCGACGAACGCAGCGGCCAUUGUGGCGUUUGAGGUCUAUGUCCUAGUAAGAGCCGUUCAUGGAACGCCAUCUCGUCGUCAUUUGUUUUUGGGGCAAUGCCUCUUGCUGGGUCUCCUCAUGUGCUCUCUCUCUGGUCUCCCCAUAGCCCUGUCGCCCACGCCACUUUCCUGUGCUGCUACGAGGCUGCUCGUUGGUGUAUCAGGUGCCGUGAUAUUUGCUACUCUACUUGUGAAAUGUGUUUUCCUGAUCUCUCUCAAUUCGGGAGUGUAUUUACCUGCCCAUUAUCAAGGACUUCUGUUGUUCUUCAUAGUCUUGGUUCAGGUAAGCGUGAACAUCCAGUGGCAGUGGUCUUCCCCGGCGGGAGUCACUGUCGUGAGAGAUGAAGUGACAGGAAGCCUCCAGCUCUCCUGCGUCGCCCCCUACAGGCAGUUCCUCCUGUCUCUCAUUUAUGUCAUCGUUCUCAUCAUAGCCGUUGCCGCUUUAGCUAUCAAGUGUCGCGGCGUUCGAGAGAAUUAUCGUGAGGCCUCUUACAUCGGAGCAGCCAUGGGCUUAGUGUUACCUCUGUGGUUAUCGUGGACUCUUGCAGGUCUAAUUCUCCCAUCAAGUGUACAGCCUGCUUGUCUAGGCUUCGGAAUGGUAUCAACAGCUACGAUAGUCUUUGUUGUCAUGUUUAUACCAAAAGGCCGACAACUGGCUGCCAUAGGCAAGGAAGGCCUCUACCGGGAAGAUCGAGACGAACGAAUGUCGACGGUUUCUGGAGGCGCCCGAUAUUCCCCUUCUUUCUUUCUCUUCAAACCGAUCAAGCCCCCGAAGGACCUACUGCGACCAGCUAACUCUAUUUAUAAGACGCAUUUCUCGGAUCUUUUCGCAUAUGGGGCCCUUCCCAAACCUCCCCAGCCACCAGCACCUUACUGGCCAGCACCACUUCAUUACUAUCAGCACUAUUAUCCAGGUGUAAGCCGACCUGAUGAAGGAGUCUACACUAGCAUAGACAGACCUGCUCCUGAAUAUGGUGUUUCUUCCAACCCUAACUUCUACUUGUUCCGGUCACAUGCACAUGCUGGCAUGAUGUACUAAAUGCUAAUUUCUUGAAGUAAGAAUCAUCAAACUUUGGAAAGUACUCCAUGAGGCUACAAUGCAGGCCAAAAGAAGGACGACAAGAUUUGAAACACUCCAGCGCUACAGAAGACAUUCAGCACAAACCAGUAACUGACAUGGAUCCUACUUGUUCAAAAGAUAGGAUUUUUUAUUCAGUAAAUCAUGGUGCACGACUAAUAGCAGUACAUAUCCCAUAAGAAAUGUGGUAUACAUUUUGAUGACUGGGUUAAGUGAUAAAUUUGACUUGUCUGCUCAACGGAACAUUCCAUAUUUUAAUAGGAGAAUCUAUUCAUCUAUUUACUUUCUAUUUUAUGAGCAUAUUUAGAUACAUUCAGGAAGUUUGAUACGUAUGUAAAUUAACUGAACAGUAUGCCUUUUAAAUAAAAGUAUCAUGAAUUUCAGGGAAAUCUUGUGAAGUCUUUCAGAAUUCUAUUGCAACAGAAAUGGAAGUUGAGAAAUUUAACAUUUUAGUAUUCUUUACACAUUCAACAUGCAGUAUUCCAGAAUUAGCUUUAUGUAAAUAUUCCAGAACAUUACUCUCAAAAGGUACAUUUAAAAAAUAAGCGUAGAUGGAACUACAUGUUCAAUAGUUUGGAGCUGUACUUUAUGGGGGGAUUAUUCAUAUAAUACGCAAGUUUAUGAAACUUUAAAACAAAAUGCUUCUAGUUCCAACAAGUAUUGUAACAAUUGCUUGAAAACAAAGAGAAUGUCAUGAACAUUCUAAAUAUGCACCUUGUUGAAAGAAACUUUAAUAAAUAUAUAUAUACAAGUAAGCUGGAGCUAAUUGUUUAGGUAAAUGCAUUGAAUCUGAAAAAUAGUUCUAAAUAUGACAAAACUAAUGAUUUCAGUAAAAAAAAAAUGUUUUAUAAAGAAACCUUAAAAUAUAAAUUACAUUAAAUUUAAGGAAACUAGUAUUAGUUCUUUUAUGCUUCAUAUGCAUUACUAUGGUGCAUAUAAAAUUAAAUUUAUUCCCACAAAGUAUCUGCAUGUAAAUACAUGUAUAUAAUAUACAUAAAAUUUUCUAUCAACAGUAGUUCUAGUACUAAGAAUAGUAUGUAGGGUAACUAUUGUCAACUUUAAAAACCAGAAAUUUAGUGGGACUAGAAAAACGGAACUUCUUUCCUUUCAAAAAAAUGAAAUGUUCAGAUUAGCUAAUGAGAAUCCAAGAUGUUCAGAUUAGCUGAUAAGAAUCUGAGUGCAUUGCUUACAGCUAAAUUACAUGAUUUUAUUUAUCCAGAACCAGUCUGUGAAAACCAGUGAAAUUUAAAGAAAUUUUUGGUUUCGUUGAUUUACAAGGCCUACGGUUGCCAACUUCCUUUUCAUCUGUAUACUUGUAGGUUACAGUAUGCUCUUUCAAGGUUCACAUCUAAAAAUACGCAAGUUACUUUACUUCAUGCACUAUUGAAGAUGUAAAUAAUGUAUAUUUAAUAUAAGUGAAGUUUGAGAUAUUUUUUUUGCUUUUCAUGUCUUAGCUUUGUUAUGCACCCAAAGCUAUGUAUUGUUGUUGCCAUAUUUCCAAUAAUUAAUUACUGGCAUCUCUGUAGAACUUAAACUAUGACAUUUGUAAUUUGUAUUUUAUUUCAAUUAAGGUUGACUGUCUUUUUGUUACCUACAAUGGUACACAAGCCUUUCUAGUUGAAAAAAAUGUUAUUACUCCAGUAAUUAAAUGGUCUUAAAAGAAGAAAAUUAAAACUACAGUGAAUAUAAGCUGAACUACGAGCUUACACGGUAAUUUACUUAAAAGACCAAAUGAAUAAAAAUACUACUGCAGAAAUGAAAAUGCUAUUACUACACAGAAAUAAAGUCCUUUGGGUAUCACAAUGCAACAUAAGUGAACUUAUUUCAGGUUGUACAGUUGUACAUAAUGAACUGCAAAUACUUGACAUACAAGCUAGAAUUAAGUUUCCAGUACAGCUGUAAGAAUAAAUGUGAUAAUUUUUAA